AUACAAUACAAUACAAUACCGCUUUAUUUCUAUAGCGCCCCCACAGCCGCAACAAAGCGCUUUACAGAAUAUUUCAAAUGCUACGUCCACGAAAUCAGAAUACUGAUCCAUCAAUAAGGCUCAUCGGAUGAUAAAGCGCACGGUCGGCUUUUGAGAAAAUCGAAUGCUUUUAGGUGCGGAAAAUACGGUACUUGCUAGCGCUGCUUUGUUGGUUUUCGUUAACGAUCAUAACCUUGCUCUGAAGCUCGCUUGAUCCAAUUUUGGAUUGCAACACGGUAUUGUUUAAUUGAUGCCACUUUGAAGGACAUCCAAUUUUUGGGGGGGUCGAGUUCUUGUUUUCCCACCUCGCUAAUGUUAUAGCCAGAGUGCGUUACGUAUAUUUAACUGUGUUCAAAAGAGUUGGCUUAAGCUCCUCCUUAUGCCACAAAAUCCACCGUGUUUAAGUACCAUCCAAAUGUACCUCUCUUAUCGGCCCGCUAUCCAUCAUCACUUCACAAGCCACACACACACACACACAAAUAGAGAGAGGGGGAGCAAUGCGGAGCAGCUGUAGCUAAGUUUAGCCUCCAUCAGGUCAGGGUGCAAUGAUAACAUCCACAUGGGACAAUCUGCCUUUGUAUGGGAACGAAGAAAACGUGACGCGAAGAGGCGCGAUGCUUCUUUUCAUGUACGAGUGGAAUGAAAGCAGCACGCGCACCCUUGCAGCGUGGGCAGAAGCACGCGGACACUCAUCUCCGAGGGCGGCGCGCUAAUCGCAGUCAGAGGUAAAUGGCAGCGAAGGCUGCGCCGUUUGGACGUGUGCCAUGAAACCAAGUCGCUCGCACGCGGGUGACUCCGUCGUGUCUUUCGGCAUCAGACGGACAGGAGCGAAAACACACAAACAACUUUCAGAAGCCCUCCCCAUGAAUCAAACGGGCCAUAAACACGUUGACACCCGAUACGGGGGAUGCAAUCUCUGCACCAAAACAAGCGCACGAGCUUAGCGUCUCUUGUCGUGGCACUCGGGUCAUCUUGGCCAACGUAUGUGCAGGUCUUGAUGCUUGACUGUUUGGAGCCGAGCGAGAGUCAAAGCGUCAGUUGUUUUCUGUUCCUGUCACCAUGGCAAUGAGAGCUCCUAAGUGCCUCGGCCGCGGCGCCCUUGGACUCAGACGGGCAGCUGUAUUUACCAAUGAGUUCACCCGUCGGGAUUGACACUAAACCCUGCCAGGCUGCCAAUGUGCGUGUGUGUGUCUGUGUGUGUGUGUGCGGUAUUUGGCCGAUACUCCCACCCCAGGUGCAGACCAAAGGGCAGCGGACAUAAAGUGACGGAUCACAUUCGGAACAUCACAGAGAAACACAGGAGGAGUUUUGGAGGGUCUGUUUUAGAGGUGGUACAGCAGGAUUGAGCGGGUAUGCGUGUGUGUGUGGUAUUUGGGUCCUACUCCCACCCAAGGCGCAGACCAAAAGGCAGCGGACAAAAAGCGAAGGAUCAGAUUCAGGACAUCACGAAUCAGACGGGAGAGUGUUGGAAGGGUCCGACUUUGAGGCGGUCAUCUGUGGACUUUCUUGUCACUUUUUGGCACGCAUGCUGCGGCGACCAGGAAGCCAGAAGGAUAACACGGUAGGAAUUGAUCGUGACUUUUUUUGGGGACGAUGGAUAGCUACUCCAUCCUUUACAGCUCAUGCCACAGGACCGAGCUGCUCGCCCGCUUCCAGCGUCUGCGCUCGGCCGGGAGGAUGUGCGACGUGGUGCUCGAGACCGAGGGGGUCUCCUUCCCGUGCCAUCGGGCCCUCCUGGCCAGUUCCAGCGAUUAUUUUUGGGCUCUAUUCGGGGAAGCUACGACGGAGAGAUUAGCGUGCAGCAUCAGGCUUCCGGCACUAACGCCCAUAGGCUUAGAUGUCAUCUUAGACUUCCUGUACUCCGGUUGGCUCAGGGUGUCCGAGAGCACACUUCCUGAUGUUUUGGAGGCGGCGAGCUACCUGCAAGUGGACACGGCCGUUGCCAUAUGUGAACGCUACAUCACGGAUGAGCUCAGCGCGGAGAACUGCUGCUGCUACGCUAACUUAGCAGAGUACCACGCACUUACUGACGCGUUGGAAGCGGCCAACUACAGUAUCGCCACGGAGAUGGCCGCUCUUCUGCAAGAGAGACGGGACGACCUCCUGGGCUUGAACAUCCAAUCGCUGAUGACGGUGCUGGACGCUGAUGAAAUUCCGGCGGUAAAGGAGGUGGAGCUUGUCAAGCUGGCACUGGAUUGGUUGGGUGAGAACGGACCUCUGCCGCUGCUGCAAUCCAACCAGUUGCUAAGCCGCUUGCGCUUCGGAUUGAUCGCCCCGGACGAUCUUGCGCACCUGAGCCACGCCAGCAAAGCCAUGGGCACACCUUUGAUCAGGAGCCAGGUGACGAGGGCAUUGGAGUACCACAGAACGGGUUCGGCAAGGCCGAUCAAGCAGAACAAACAGUCCACGCUCAGGGCGGCCGUUCGUGUAGUACUUGUCGGCGGUAGCUCGAGUCCAGAUCAUCCGGAGCAGCAGGUGUUGAUGUUCAAUCCGAAAACCAGGACGUUUGGGUCCCUUACGACCUACCUGCCGCAGAGACUAAGGAACCACUGCGUGUGCUCCUUGGGUGGCUUCCUCUUCGUAGUGGGCGGGGAGGUGGUGAGCAAGGCAGACGGCAAACCGGUCGUCGCGGAAACCUCCAACCAGGUUUGGAGGUACGACCCCCGCUUUGAGUGUUGGCAGCAGGUGGAGUCCAUGCUUCAGAAGAGGACCAAGUUCACCUGCUGCGCCACCGACGACUCCAUCUACGCCAUUGGCGGACAACACACAACCGCCGACGGCAACACACCCGCCACGUUGGCUUCCGUGGAGUUUUAUGACUUCGAGGCAGGCGCUUGGCGGCGGGGACCACCCAUGCCCGGACCGCUCCACGGUCACGCGAGCGCCGUGCUCGAACAGAAAAUUUACGUGUCGGGUGGUCUCCCGGACAACGGGGUCGUUGACCUGGUCCCGGGCCAGAGCCAAAGCAGAAAGGAAGUUCUGUGCUGGGACGGUGUGAGUAGACUCUGGCAGAAAGUGGCACCCAUGUCCAUCGGCAGGUUCGGGCAUCGCCUGGCGAGCGUCCACGGUUACAUUUACGCCCUACUGGGGAUGUACGAGCCCUAUUGCGAUAUCGAGCGCUACGAUCCAGGAGCGGACCACUGGACUCUCCUCAGGCCGCUACACCCCGCUUCCUUCAGCUACGGGAUGGCGGCGAUGCCGAGCGGGAGCAUCCUGGUGUUUGGUGGGAGGAAGUGGAGCAACGGGCAGGAGGUGGUCCUGAAGAGCGUGCUGGAGUACGAACCCAAGAAAGACCACUGGAGGGAAAUCUGUCAGCUGCCAAGACCCCUCACGGGAACCGAGUGCACGUUACUACCGAUGCCUGACUAAAAGACACAACACUUGGGUCUGUCGUGUUUUAUGCACAUUUUGAUGCUAAGAUUCGGAGCUAGCCAGUUGAACUAAGCUCCAGUCGGUGUGUCGUCUCAGUCCUGAGUGAAGAUACCGCAGCUGGGGAUAAACUCUGGCCUGUUCAGAAUUCGACAAUGUCAUCCCCCGUUUGAUUAAAAACUCACUCCCAAAGACGUUUUUAAACGUCUUUUCAGACUUGGUCCAGAAUUGGCUGGUACUGAAUGAGUUAAAGUCAGCAAAGGCCCAACUAAGGAAUGUCUAAAAGACUUUCCUGGGCGAUUCUCCCCUGACGUGGGGUCUGCUAAAAGAUUUUUCCUCCCCGAAGUGCUCGGAAGACGUUUUCGGUAUCUACGAUGGUAAAUUCUUUCAUUCACCACCAAAAAAGACCAGGAAAUGAGUUUUCCAUCACAAUGUUGGUUCCAGGUAAGCUAAAGGUGUUGCUCACUUGGCUGGUGAUCUUUUGAGACCUCAUCAGUUGCGGCCCAAGUACCGUUCCAAGUCAAAGUACGAAUAAACCAAGAACUGGACGUGUUUCAAAAAGUAUUUUUGUCUCAGUUGACAAACAGCUAGAAAUGUGCACUGCUGCCAUCUACAUGACUGGAGGAGAACAGUACAGACCCAAAAGCACAGGCAGUGACUUUCCAUCACGGGCGGUUUAGUCUUGCAGUGUGAGUGGGUACAACAAAUCUAAAAACCGCACAGCGUAUCUCCGGCUUAAGAUGAGCCAAGGGGAAGCGGGAAUGUUUUAGGACGAGGUGAGGACAAGGUGAGGAGAUUUAGCAGGGAAACGCCGGCUGAAUUUGUAAGCGAAGGUAUGGAAGAAAACGAACAUGCGAUGAGAAUUUAGAAGCGAUUAUUGAUUAAACUUCAAGAUAGAAUUCAUGUAUUUUUUUGACUUUUGGUUUUGGUGAAGCUGCAGCGUGGAGGGAAAAAAAAACACGAAACAACUUCUUGCAAUAAAUAAUCAAAUAUGAACCAUCCUCAUUCUUUUGCCUUGCAGAAAUGUUUAUGCCGUGCUCAUCUGACAUCAAUUUGAUGUUGAAGAUUGGAUUUUUAUAUGAUAUUGACACCAGAUGCCCACUGGGCACAACCAAAAUAAGACGGUCGUCCAAACGACCAAACUUUAUUGAUCCACCCGCAUCGUCCAACAGAACACACACAUAAAUAUUUUUUUUUCUGUUGUCAUAAUCAUAUUAAUUUCAGCAUUCGGUUAUCUUGACACUCUUUAAAAAAAAAAAGACGAAGAAAAUCUGGUGCUUUAAAACACAAAACUUGAGAAUAAGAAUAAAUAAUCUUGUGUGUAUUUGCAGCAAGGACAUGCUACUACUCACUACGAGCAUCGGCGGCAUGAACUCUUUGUCCAAGCUUUUUUUUCUUUUUUUUCUUUUUUUUUUGCGGUGCUUCUGUGUGCCAUUCAAACCCAAGGGUCGGAACAUUAGGAACACCUGAGAUUCAAUCUCCAAGGGCGGCGUCGUCUGUCAAUAUCGAAAGCGUUGGAUGGGGCGACAACCACAAAUGAUAAAAAGAGUGUCCAGGGUGAUGAUAUGACAUGAGCAUUAGCAUCCAUGACGGUUCUAAUAUUACACGUGGUAAGAUUGUGUGGGUGUGCCUAAUAUUCUGGCAAGUGAGAUUACAAUUUGAUUUUUUGGUGGGGAUUACAUAACACUGAGGCUAUUUAUAAAUAUGCUAUACAAAGAAUGUCCAGUAUAUACUCUGCUUUGCAUUUUUUUUUCCAUAUUCAACUGGCAAGCAAAAACCAAACAAUGAACAAGCGUCAUUAUUUAUUUUUUUAUCACAUACGAUUUUUCAUAAUUCAAUUUUAUGAUCUGAUCCCAAAAUAUGACAUUGAAAAAUGGGCCAUCAUUUUUUUUUAAGAUGAAAGUGAUACUUUUUCACGUUCCAUUUUUGAGUGCCAAUUGAAAACCGAAAG